GAGCCGCCGUACUUCAGCCCGGAUAUCCGGCCGGGGGUGGAAGCUGCGGCCUUUUCUCGGCGGAACGCGGCCAUGGCUCGUGGACCCAAGAAGCACCUGAAGCGGGUGGCCGCUCCGAAGCACUGGAUGCUGGACAAGCUGACGGGAGUCUUUGCACCCCGUCCAUCGACAGGACCCCACAAACUGAGGGAAUGCCUCCCACUUAUCAUUUUUCUCAGGAAUAGGCUUAAGUACGCCCUGACUGGUGAUGAGGUCAAGAAAAUCUGCAUGCAGCGGUUUAUCAAGAUUGAUGGCAAAAUCCGCACAGAUAUUACCUAUCCGGCUGGAUUCAUGGAUGUGAUCAGCAUUGAAAAAACAGCUGAGCACUUCCGCCUCGUGUACGAUACCAAGGGACGCUUUGCCGUUCACCGCAUCACGCCAGAAGAAGCCAAGUACAAGCUGUGCAAGGUUAGAAAGAUCUUUGUGGGCACCAAAGGAAUUCCUCACCUUGUCACUCAUGAUGCCCGAACAAUCCGGUACCCAGAUCCCCUCAUCAAAGUGAAUGACACUAUCCAGAUUGAUUUGGAGACAGGCAAGAUUACAGAUUUCAUCAAGUUUGACACAGGCAACUUGUGCAUGGUGACUGGAGGAGCUAACUUGGGGCGUAUUGGUGUAAUCACCAACCGGGAGAGGCAUCCUGGUUCAUUUGAUGUGGUUCAUGUUAAGGAUGCUAAUGGCAAUAGCUUUGCCACCAGACUGUCUAACAUCUUUGUGAUUGGAAAGGGUAACAAGCCUUGGAUCUCUCUGCCUCGUGGAAAGGGAAUCCGCCUGACUAUUGCUGAAGAGAGAGACAAGAGGCUAGCAGCUAAACAGAGCAGUGGUUGAGCCCCUGAGGUGCUGUGCAAAGCCCGACCAGAUUGAUUUCCGGUUUGAUAAAUAAACCUUUUCCAUACUUC